UUCAUCGAAAAUCGCAGAAUGUCGAAAACUUCACGGUGGUCGUUCUUUCUUCCACGUUUUGUCGUGAAUCUAUCAAGAUGAGUUCACUCAAGUUGCAGAAGAGGCUGGCAGCCUCUGUUAUGGGAUGCGGCAAGAAGAAGGUGUGGCUGGAUCCCAAUGAAGUCAAUGAGAUUGCCAACACCAACUCCCGCCAAAACAUCCGGAAGCUGGUGAAGGAUGGUCUCAUCAUCAAGAAACCCGUGGUGGUGCAUUCACGCUAUCGUGUGCGCAAAAACACCGAAGCCCGGCGCAAGGGACGCCACUGUGGCACGGGUAAGAGGAAAGGUACGGCCAAUGCGAGGAUGCCCGUGAAGUAUCUCUGGAUGCAACGGAUGCGUGUCCUCAGGCGUCUCCUGAAGAAGUACAGGGAUGCCAAGAAGAUCGACAGGCACCUGUACCACGACCUCUACAUGAAGAGCAAGGGUAACGUGUUCAAGAACAAGCGCGUCCUCAUGGAGUACAUUCACAAGAAGAAGGCCGAGAAGCAGCGCACCAAGAUGCUCAACGAUCAAGCUGAGGCGCGUCGUCAGCGUGUCCGGGAGGCAAGGAAGCGCCGCGAAGAGCGCAUUGCCACCAAGAAGCAAGAACUGAUGGCACUGCACGCCAAGGAGGACGAAGCUGCUGCCGCUCUGGCUUCAGCGUCCAGAAAGUAAAUCCUUCUGUACAUCCUCUUUGCGUAAAAUAAAGGAAAAAAAUCAUAAAAUA